UCAAACAAGUAAUUUAAAAAUGGCCGCAGCUACAAAGUAACAGUGAUUUUGAAACUGCAAUCGAUAUAUUCUUAUUAAUCGUCAUAGUAGAUACGUCAAUGGCCUAACUAUUUAUAGUAUCUGAUUCUUCUUAAUAGCCCUGCCAAGUAUUUUGACGUAAACGACAUUUUUCUGUUCGAAAAUCGUGUACCUUUAAAUACUACAAAAGUGCAGCAAGGUUAGUCGUCAUCAGAAAAAUACUUUUUGAACUGUGCAAGAAACAAAACAAAGGAGAAUAUGUCGCCGGGUAUUAACGACGGCCCACGGAAUACAGGCACACUUCCAAAAAGCAAUCGAAGAAAUGAUAGAAAUAGAGAAAUGUCGGCUGCAUAUCUCAGUCAGGUUGCAAACCAUUGUGCUUAUCACGGAUGUGCUGAGCAUUCUAACAAUUUGCAUCAGUUCAAUUGGAACCCGGUUGGUGAACAGGAACGUUUAAGGGUAACGAAGAAUAGUAACACAAGAUCAACUUCUUCAGUGCCAUCCACAUCUUAUCAACUCAUACCUGAACCUGAUUCGUUUGGUAGUCGACGACACCGUAAUUACAGUGUAGACAAAUAUUCCCACGGGCACAAAAUGGUUCCACCUACUGAUUCUGAAACCCAAUCUCCUCCAAGACUCCAAGGAACGAAACCUUCUAACGUUGACAAAAUGCCUGAUAGGAGUCAAGUGGAAUCACGUUUAAGUCAAAUUAGGGAUUAUAUCAGAGUUACAUCGACUAUGAUGGAUUCGCUUAAUCAAUCCAGCGAUCCGCGUGCACAAGCUCAAAACGAGAAGUUAAGUAGAAUGGUGGAGGAUCUUUAUGACAGUGAAAGCAAAUUAACUAAACUGUUGGAACAAUAUAAAAAUUGCGGAAUAUUUUGCGAGAACGGUGAAAAUAAUAGAGAGGAUGGAGAAGAAAACGGUGACGUAAAUCGUGAAAUAGAAUUGCGCAGAAAAAUGGAAGAAUCACAAAGAAAGCUUGCGCAGCUACAGGAACAUCAGGCUAGCUUGGUUGGCAUGCAAAUGCAUGUUAGAAAGAGAUUAAAUGAAGCACGUCAGGCUCAACAAGUUCUUUUACAGCAAGAAAAUCAAAGCACGGUAGCGUUACCAUUACCCGCUAAUGUUGAACAGCUUGAAUCGGAAACAGCUGCGCUUAGGGGAAAAUUAGCUCAACUUCAAACAAAGAAGAAAACGAUGGAUCAUCUCGUAGCAGAGUUACAAGCUGUAGAAAUGUCUGAUAGGGGCAGUUGCAGUUCGGAAGGUUCAAGAAGUUACGCAAGAGACAAAGCAGCCGAACUGGAAGCAAUGAAAGCGCAACUUGCUCAUUUGAAAUUGUUAAUGGAAGAGGCAACAAAGGUACGCGAGUGCCUCGAUUCCAAUUCCGACCCAGAACCAGAAGUGGAUAUGAACGGUGAGAGCACAGUUGACAUAGAUGGGAACGUAGAAGAAAAUGGAGCGAACGUUUUGUUCGACCGUCAAAGUGAUAAUGAUGAGACUGGUCACGAAAAGAUUAGAAACAUUGGUGAAAGACCAAGCGUCGAAGAAAUUCAGGCUGUCACGCGAGAACUUCGAGAACAGUCUGAACUGUUACAAUCGACUAGGGCAGAGUUACAACGAUUAAAACAGCCACAGUCAGCGAUGCAGUCUAAUUCUACAGCGAUAUACCCAACUUUAACUCCGCCUCCAUCGCUUACAGCCUCAAUCAGUUCCGAAAAGAAACAAAGUAAUAAUAGUAAUUUUGAAGUUCAAUCUACUCAAGGAAAAAAACGACAAAGUGAAGCCUCGCCUAGUGUCGGUCGCGAUAUGGGAGGACCAACCGAAUUAAAUAGCCACAGAAGUUCCAGUUCACAUAUUAGUCAUACGAGUACUCCAGCUAAUAUCUGGCCACCAUUAACAACAAUUGGAGGAUCCAACGAUCAAAGCGUGGAUGGAAUAUCUGAGAAUUUAAUGGAUAUUGGACCUCAAACCACAGCGAUCGAAAAUGGACUUAAUGCAAAUUGGUGGGCACACCCUCCGCCACCGUUAAACCAAUUACAACACGGUUCAACCGAGUAUUAUCGCCAGUUAUUGUUAGGUUCUCAAGCUCAACAACUUCAAAUGAUGGGUACUACAAUACAACAAUGCUGUCAACUUUUAUGGUCUCAGCAACGUGAAUUACAAGCUAUGCGGACAGCUAUUACACAAUUACAAACUCAGCUGAGGCAAACCCAAUUACAACAACGGAACAGUAGUGAGAAUAACGAUGAAUAUUCGAACAUAAGUCGCAACAUUCAUCACCUCGGCGAGACAUUAGACUCUACAUUGCCACCAAGCUCGUCUUUACCAAAUCUGGUAUCGUUGCCAAAUUCAGCUCCCGCACCGUCCCAUACCACUGCAACUGGUUCCGUUAAUUCUCAACAUCAGCAUCAACAACUGAAUAAUCAAGUUCCUCCUGGAAAUAGGGCAAAUAACUACUGGGACAAUUUCAGAAGUUAUUCCAGACAAAACUUAUUAUCAGGAAAUUCUAAAGCGACUGAGACUGCUUCAGGACCUGCUGUAAAUUCAGCAUCCGGAAAUACUAUAUCCAGUGUUCAUACUACCAAUUUGAAAGACAAACGUAAUCGGGAUCAAGCAGCUGAUAAUACUCCUUUGCCUUCAUUAAGUGGAGUGGAAGCGCAGUAUUCUUCGAAUUUGCAAUUACAAUCAAACCUGCAGCCACAAGAACGAGAAAACACUGUUGUGCGAAACAAUAAUUUAACAAAUGAAGUAUCUCAACAGCAAUUGGAUAAUUUUUGGGAAGAAGCGCAUUCAUCGUUUGGAUUUCCACCUGCAGUAAAUGAUGACAAUCCUCUACAAAAUCUAAGUUCCGAAAUGAGAGAAGUGCUAAGUUCACUCAUCUCCGCAAACAAACAAGGACCAUAUUAUUUAGUUAUCAUAUUAAGGAAAAUCAAGACAAUAAUCGAGGAUCACAGAUUACGACCUCGUUUAUUGAGGUCGUUGCGUGCUCUACAAUGUGAUGCACAGUCUUUAAGCAAUCCUUUGAAUGAAACGACUGAUCACACUGCAAGUGAAAGUUGUCAGUCCAGUGAUGAAGAUUCUGAAGUAGAUGGAGUAGUGUGGAGUAGAUGGGGUAGGAGAGCAGGGAAUCAGUCUAUGGGAGAAUUAGUUGCAUCAUCGGAAACAGCGACUGCAUCAUCUCCUACAGCGCAUAUUCCAUUAAUAGAUCGCUCAAACACAAUAGGGGCAUCAGGUUUCGCUGACACCGCUUGUGCUUUACCUGAAUUAUCUCCUAUUAAACCAGGUAACAAUGAAGAUUUAGCAGAAGCAGAUCAAUCAAGGCCUGAAUCCACUGGUAAUCAACAGCUUCCCGAUAACGAAGAAAAGGAUGAAGAGGAUCUAGGUGAGGCAGCUGGUCAGACAGAGUCUGCUCAAGCCAGAUUCGAAAUGGAGUUUGAAAACCUAACUGUUGAGGACGAACAGCGAUCGGCUGGGAAUCAUUUUUUAAUGUCGGAUGGAACAUUUUUCUAAGUAUUAUUAUCCAUUGCCUUAAAUACUUUUUAGAGCAUUAAUUAAUCGAUGAUAAUCA